AGGCUUCUCUGAUCUGGUGAGUGAGAAGAAGCGAGUGCUACGCUUAACCGAGACUGAAGAUAUAAGUGAAGCUGAAGCGACUGCCAAAUGUUUGGACUGUCGUUAUCGUCAAGCACAGCUGAACGGAGCCCCUGCACGAGUGGAGUUGUUCUUGAAGGGCAACACCCCUCUCGGUCGGGCGUACGAGUACUCGCUGUUGGCGUUGAUUGUGGCCAAUCUGCUAUCGUUCAUAUACAGCACGGAUGAGGAUGCCACCCAGUACUUCGGAUCGUCGUUCUUCGCGUACUUCGAUGUCGUAGGAUGUGUUGUGUUCACUGGCGACUACAUCGCUCGCGUAUUCGCGG